AUGGCAAUGCAUUUUAAAAUAUUAUCUUCUUGUAAAAACUUGUUUAGCCUUCUAAACCAACAAGUUCGCUCCUUUGCACGCGAGCCAUUCGCCAAUAAACUCACACAUUACCUUCAACGAGCCAAACUCAUUGACUCAAUCCGACUCGCUCUCCGUUCCAACUCUCCAAACUCACUCAACCCUCUUCUCCAAACUCGCCUCCUUGACUCCUUCGUUGUUGCUAACGCUUUUCGUUCUGCUCCUUCAUCGGACUCUGCUGUUUCUUUCUUUGAAAUUCUCAAGCAAGUUCCAAACUUUGAGCAUUCCCAGAUUACCGUUUUUGCUUUUGCAACUGUUCUUGCAAAGUUCAAGCGAAAGGAGGAACUCAAGGCCCUGAUUGGUGACGUUAAAGAUGGAAAACUUAACAAUGUUAAAGUCAGUUUUAUGAACCUUUUGUUUUGGUAUUCUACUGCUGGGGAUCUUCAAGAAGUUUUGAAAACAUGGGAAGAGUAUACGAGUGAGGAAAAUCGUCUAUCAGCUGAGGCUCAUAACAUUGUAAUAGGGCUUUAUGCUCAAAAGGGUAUGAAUUUUGAGGCUGUGAAGGCUUUCCGGUGUAUGAUUGAUCAAGGGGUGAUUCCAAAUUCCAGGACUUAUACGAUUUUGAUAGAGCAACUUGUAAGGUUAGGGAAGUUGGAUGCCGCUAUGGAAGUGUUUACCUUAUUGCCUUCAAUGAGAAUCAAGAGGACUUUGAAACAGUUUCUGAUUUUGGUUGAAGGGCUUGUUGGUGGAGAACGGUUUGAUGUGGUGGAAAGUUUGCUUAAAGAAAUGAGGGAAGAUGGGAAGCUUCCUGGACGAGCAAUGCGUGUGUAUUUGGAACGAAUGAAGGAGGCAGGGUUUGCUGGCGAGGCCGAUGAGUUUCUUGUAGAAAUGUUGCCUGAUGGAAGGAUCAAGAGUGUCAGUUCUUGUGAGAAUGGUAAUGAUGAAUAUGAAGAUGACGAUGAGGAUGACGAUGAGGAUGAUAAUGUGAAUGGAGUUGACAUUCAUAUGGUAAAAUUGAAACCAUGGUUGGAUCCAAAAGCUUUGGCAAAUGCCUUAAAACAAUGGAAUCCUGAAGUAGUAACUAUAUUAGAGGAUGCUAAAUUUGUGUGGACAAGUAGGUUGGUUUGCAAAGUUCUUAGGAAUUUCAUUUCAACCGAGACAGCUUGGAAUUUCUUCUGUUGGGUAGCUUCUCAGCCAGGAUUCACUCAUGACAUUUACACAGUGCAAAGAAUGAUGACUCUACUGGCGCGCCAUGGAAAUGUUGAAUUAGUAGAUAAACUUAUAAAUAAAGUAAGGAGGGAGCAAAUGAGAUUGCCUUUCAGCACCAUCAGGUUGCUAAUUGAAUUCUAUGGCAUUUCAAAGAAUGCUGAUGCCGCCUUGAAGGUCUUCCGUGAUGAUAGAUCGCUUUGUGGUCACAUAUCAAGGUUCAAUUUAAUGCUUUUGUAUUCUUCUCUCUUGAGGGCAUUAACAAAGUCUCGUAGGAAUUCAGAUGCCCUGGAAGUACUUCAUGAGAUGAUUUUAAGUGGUGUUUGCCCAGAUAUCCAAACAUUUUCUGGGUUGAUAUAUCACUUUGCAUUACAAGGAGAUAUCAAAACUGUUCAGCAACUCAUUUCGAUGGUUAGACAGAAUGGCAUGGAACGAUAUAUGUACAAGUUGUUAAUCCAAGCUUAUUGCAAGUGUCAGAGAGCUGCACUUGCAUAUAAGGUUUUUGAAGACAUGAGAAAUUCAAGUUUAAUGCCUGAUGCUGCCACAAACUUGCUUGUGAAGAGUCUUUGGCAAGAAGGCAAGCGAAAAGAGGCUGUUAAUGUAGAAGAGAGGUAUGAGGAGGCUGAUGCAGCCCUUCCACUGGCAUUACGCGGUCAUGUCUGGACAGUUAGCUCUGAAGAUCUCACCAGAGUUUAUAAUAUUUAUUUAUAGUGUUACAGCCUCUGCAUAGAGUUGUUUGUCUUCUUCAAAGCAAAGAAUUUAGCAACAUGGUCACAACUGUUUUAAUUUAGACUAUUGUGGCAACCCUUUUUCCCUUUCCCUGCAGUCUUUCAGAAAACUACAUUUUUAUCUUUUUUAUAACUGGAUUGCAAUUUGCAAAUGUCAA